AUGCCUCUCGCGAAAGAUCUCCUGCACCCCUCUCCCGAGGAGGAGAAGCGGAAACACAAGAAGAAGCUCCUGGUACAGAGUCCCAACUCGUAUUUCAUGGAUGUGAAGUGCCCAGGGUGCUACAAAAUCACCACUGUCUUCAGCCAGGCGCAAACGGCGGUCCUCUGUGUCGGGUGCUCCACUGUAUUCUGUCAGCCUACUGGAGGCAAGGCCAGACUUACAGAAGGAUGCUCCUUCAGACGGAAGCAGCACUAA